AUGAAUGAGACACAAAAGAAUAAAGUGGUCCCGAUAACUGUCCUCACCGGUUUCCUCGGUUCUGGGAAAACCACUCUGGUGAACCACAUUUUACACUCGAAUCAAACUGAACUUCACGGGUUGAAAAUAGCCGUCAUUUUGAACGAAUUCGGAACGGAUUUAGGCAUCGAAAAGAAGAUGAUGUUACCAUUCACGACAACCACAGAAACGCAAGAACAACGAGAUGGAUGGGUAGAACUCGAUAACGGGUGCGUCUGCUGCACCGUGAAAGGGUCGCUCAUACAAACGAUCGAAAAACUGAUGAAGAUGGAGAAGAAGAAGAAGAAGAAGAAGAAUGAAUUUGUUGUUCAGACACGAAGCGAAGAAGUGAAAGAAGAAGCGAAAGAAGACGAAGACGAAACGAAAGCGUUCGAUUACAUUUUACUGGAAACGACCGGAUUAGCGAAUCCAGGACCGAUAUGUGGCGAGUUAUGGGUAGACGACGCUUUGUUGGAAGACAACAUGGAAAAUGCGGCGGUGUUAGAUUCAGUCGUCUGCGUCGCGGACGCGAAAAACAUCGAGAGGCAGUUGGAGGAACACGUCGAGGCGCGAGAACAAAUAGCGUACGCGGAUGUGAUUGUUUUGAAUAAAGCAGAUUUAGUCGAGACAGAGGAAGAAUUGAGAAGGAUACGAGAGAAACUGGAGAGUAUAAAUGCGGACGCGAAGUUGGUCGUCAGUGAACGGUCGAAAGUGGAUUUGUCCCAAGUCUUGGAUCAGAAGAGUUAUAAAGGAAACGUAAAGAGUCGAUUGAUGAAAGAAACGAAGGAAACGACGACGACGAAAAGGUUUUUCGCAAAAGGCGCGAAAGAUUUAGCCAUGCGAAUAGAAGAAAGUAGUAAAAGUAGUAACAGCAAUAGUAUUAUUAGUAAACACGACGAAACGAUCACGACGGUGUGCUUAACCGCGAAAGGUUUCGUCGAUAAGGAAAAGUUUGAAAACUGGAUCGAGGAUUUGCUUUGGGAGAAGAGGAACGAACCAAACGGCGCGGACGUCUUGCGGUGUAAAGGGAUACUGAAGUGCAAAAGUAAAAGCGAUGCGCCGCCACUUAUUUUACAAGGCGUGCGAGAUGUUUACGAAAUAACGGAUGGUUUCGACGGGUUAAAACUCCAAGAGGACGGAUUAAGUAAAGUCGUCCUCAUCGGACGGCGGUUGCGUUUGGACGAGUUACGCGUAGGUUUUGAAAGUUGCUUUUUCCUUUGA